CUGAACGUACGUAAUAAAAGUUUCUCGUUGACCGAUUGUUAAAAGACGUCGUUACUAAACUGGAUAAUUGUUUUGGUUGCGUGAAACAAAAGGCUCUUAGGUUUAAAGCUGAUUUUGAAAGUAACUCACAAUUUUCUUAAUUUUACUCAGACGCAAAUACCUAAUUAGCAGACAUGGUUAUGAAAAGAGAAAGCCCCUUGUAUACCUAUUACAAUUUUUUUUUCACGAAUUGCCAUAAUCUCGCAAAUAAUUAUAUUUCGCUUCUUGGUCGACAUUCACUCAGUUUAAAGGCGCUUAAAUUCCUCAACUGAAGCGAGAUUAAAAAAAGUUAUGUUUACUGAAAUUUUGUAAGAUGCGACAACGUCGUGAACAGUAUUUGCGGCAAAUACCGAAAUGAAAAUGAGAAACCGAAGUCUGCUGAGAUCCGCUCAGCAGCACCAGCGUUGGGAGAGAGCACAGACGGCGUGUUAUCCUUAGCGCGUGAGUAUCGAGCGCCUCGUGGCAUUUUCCGGCCGUCGAUUGGCCAGGACCGCACCUGCUCGGAUUGGCGUUACGGUGGAGGGGCGCCAUUAGCAGUCGCGGCCUAGUACCGCGGAUAAAGCACAGAGGGCCGUAGACUAAACAUACUACAUGGGUCAUAAAGGAUUCGAAGAAGUAUAGAAGUAUACCUACGUACGUACGAACGCGCGUUAAAGAAUUCCCCGCUAAUAGGUUACGUCGUAGUCAUCAUCAGCGUAGUAGCCGUCGUCGUCGUUUUCCCUUUAGUAUUUAAUAACCACAAGUGAUCGCGGUCCAAGUUCGACCGACUUUGGAGUGUCGUCUAAGAAACCACAACAACCUAAAACAAAACAUUAAAACUUGAUACUUAACUUUUUUUUAAUUGCGUGUAUAUCUAAAGUGAGAUGAGUGCGCACAGUAUUAAUGACGGCGGUGCAGCGUUCCGGAACAACCGGCAAUGACUUCCAAAUUUAUCAUCGAUAGCAUGCUCCCUAAGUAUCACCAGCAAUUCCAUCAUCAGCAAUUGUUCCCAAGUCCGACGAGCAGUGCAACGAGUGGUAUCGAAGUUUCGGCCGUUAACUAUAGCUCAUCGUCGGUGUCGCCGAGCGGUUCGUCACCUGGCAGCGCCUCAUCAACAUCCCCCGCGUCCAGAAUGUAUCCAUACGUUUCGGCCGCGACGGCCGCCGCCCAUCACCAUCAUCAACAACAGGCGGCGGCAGCAGCUGCUUUUAACGCCGCUGCCGCUUCGGGUACCAUGGUACCCGGGGCCUUUUCAUCGAGUUCAACGGCAGCUUUGGCGGCAGCCGUAGACGCCGCCACGGAUAAGUCCUGCAGGUACACGGCCGGUCUAGGAAGCAACGUCACACCAGCCGAUUCCAUGGUCAAUUAUACCCUGGGACAUCACCAUCAAAACGGCGCUUCUGCUGUUUCAGCGGCUGCAAGUUCGGUAAGCGCCGCUUCAGCUUCUAUGGCCGUCGCGGCGCAAUUUUAUCACCAGGCGGCAAGUGCUGUCGUGGAUCCAUUAAACUCAUGUUCACAGCCCACAGCACCAGGAGGACAACCAUUACCCGACAUACCCAGAUAUCCGUGGAUGUCCAUCACAGAUUGGAUGAGCCCUUUUGAUCGAGUCGUAUGCGGUCCAAACGGAUGUCCACGAAGACGAGGUCGACAAACAUACACCCGUUUCCAAACGUUGGAACUGGAAAAGGAAUUCCAUUUCAACCAUUAUCUGACCAGGCGGCGUCGCAUAGAAAUAGCCCACGCCCUCUGUCUCACAGAGAGACAGAUCAAAAUAUGGUUCCAAAAUCGACGGAUGAAAUUGAAAAAAGAACUGCGGGCCGUAAAAGAGAUCAAUGAACAGGCACGACGGGAGCGCGAAGAACAGGACCGGCUUAAGCAGCAGCAGCAAGAGAAACAACAGCAAAAAAUGGAACAGCAGCAGCAACAGCAGCACCACUCCGCGUCACAACAUCCGCAACAUCAUCACGACAAUAUGAAGAUGGGUAUCGAAAAGAGUGCAUCUAGUAACGAUCUCUUGAAAGCCGUGUCAAAAAUACCCGCAUAAAGAAUUUUAAUAAAUAAUUAGAUCAGGUAGUAGAUAAACUACCUAACGAAAUGUCCAAAAUACGUACUAGUUUUUAAAGAAGGCGGCAGGAUAGCGACGUCAGCUAUUAGAAUAGUAGCGGACCGGCGUUGGAUCCUUGCGGCUCGCCGUUCGAAUAUUGAACAUGUACCUACUACUACGGCUCUUUUUGUGUUGCCUGUUGUACUUCUCUAUACGUUGUAAAUAUUAUUACUGAUGUGUUCAUAUAUUUAAUUAUACAAUCGCUGCUGAUGGUUCUGCUGUUGCGGUCGUUGAACGAAGAUGAACAAGGAACAUGGAGAAGGCCAGUGAUGGAUUCUUGGACACACCCUCCGUUUUGCACGGUGACUGUGUUUUUUGUUUAUCUCGUAAUCGGUUCCGUUUUGUGAUUUUCAGUUGGACCAUUUCGAAACUUUGUUGUUAGUUCGAACGCGCUAAAUAGUGAUGGAUGACGAUGAUAUAAAAGUGUCUCCUCGGCCGUCAACGCAGAAAGCAUCAAUUGAACGAUUUUUAUUACUCUUGUUUCAUUUCGUUUAGUUUUUGUUUUUCGAUCGAACUGUUAUCGAGACGUGCUCUCUCUUCCCUUUUCGUUACUGCGGUUAUUUUUUUAUUUUUACUUAAAGUAACUACUCGCGACUGUGUCCGGUGGAGUAGUUGCCUUUUCCUCAUGCAACUACGCCGUAUUAACAUAUACGUAACUUGGUGUCAGGGUAGAUUUUAAAGUAACCCGAUCCGAUUUAAAGUAAAAAGGGGCGUUCUACUGAGUGAUUGCGACCUAGUCGAUUCCAUGAAAGAAAAUUUUGUGAAUUCAUUUUCGUUGCCAUUUUUCGACAAAGUUUAGAGAAUCGUAAUUUAAAAUUUAUAAGGGUGAUCAAAGCAUAAAUAAGAAUGAGAACUUACUUUCAUGGAAUUUUUGUCUAAUAGGCAGUUCCUAACUCCAGGCUUCCAGGCAAAGCAAUGUCAGCCCCCAUCGCCAUGGAUGGCGGGGGUUGUAAUUUAUAAUUUAAUGUGUUCUUCAAUUUUUUUUUUUAAUUUCAGUUGAAGUUGCUUUGUCGAUACAAUGGCACUGAAAUUAAUUUAUUUUAGGUACUUAUUUAUCAUCUUCCUUAUACAAGAUCCCGCAUUAAUAACACCUGGAGUGUUUUAGAUGUUCUUAUGAUUCAGUAAUAACUAUAACGAAUCGUGUUGUCAAUAUUUUGCAGAAUAUUGACAACUACAUCAGUGAAUCACAAAUUAUGCUAACAUUUCAAGUGUUAUUCUAGUAAAUGGGAGAUUUUAUAUCAAUGAGUGUAAACAAGCAAAUGCCAAUUUUUCACAUCAACGUAUAAUUUAAUAAUUUACAAUUUGUUUUUAGUUUGAUUGUCAAGCAAACUACCGUCCUCGUCAUUAUCAUCAGUUGUCUGUUUUCGAUUUCCUUAUUUGUAACUUUUAAUCUACUAAUGUGCUUGGUUGAUGUGAAAAUGGUAAUGUCUCUUCCAUUUUAUUAUUAGACAAAAAGUAUACAGUUAUUACGCCCGCGUUUAGUGAGAAAAUCAUGGUUUCAUUUUAUGAAAGUAAAAAUAAAUUAAUUUAUUCGAUUACUUUCGAUUAGUGAUAGCUGAAGUUAUUACUGCAGUACGCCUAUCAAUUACUAUAUACGUAAAAUGGUACAAUAUUUUCUAUGUAACCUUACAUCCAGGUCGCCACUAUUAAUUAUAGCAACAAAUAAUAAAAAAAAGAUACCUAGUUUUAUCGGUGUAAAAAGAGUUAUACCUACCCAGAUGCAUAUAUACAUAGUACAUUCGUGAAUAUUAUUAUUAAAUAGUAGGCGAAGAAAUAUUAAGUUAAAGAAGGAAGGCCUAGGAUCGAUAAGAUUAUGAAUGUGACCCCCAUAUGUUCGACUUUAAUAAGCUUUCUAAAAAAUUUUAUUGCUGUUUUGAGUGUUAACAGUAGGUAUUUUUUGAGGAUCACAAUUACUUUGUCAGGAAGACGUGAACAUUUAUGACAUUUUUAUCAUAUCGACAUAUUUCAUAUUAGCCAGUGGAGGCAACAGUUAUUUUCUUUUAGUCCCUGAUACUAAUGAAGAACAUAUUUUAGGAUCUGAGUAGUACCUUCACUCCCCGACUGGAAAUUAGUUCAGUGUAGGGUCCAAUCCGGAUUAGAAUUGCCUGAAGACUGUUCAGGGAUAAAUCAGACUUCCUGAUCCGGAUAUGCUUAAAAAUCAUCAGACCAUAUAUGAUCCGUUUAAAAGAUUCAUGCCGGAUCCGUUUCAAAGACCUAUGCUGGAUUCAUUUCAAAGAUCCAUGCCCGAUCCGGCCAAAUGAUCAGAAUUAACUUGUUUUUACAUAUUAGUUUGACAUUAAAUAAUUAAAUAAUAAUUAUUUACUCACAAUAUUAAUAAUGAAUUUAUUGUUUGGUAAGCAAUAUUACCUACCAUAAUCAGAUAAAAAAACUGAAUUCUGUAUUAUGAUCCAGUUCAGGACAUCGGAUACAGUCUUGCUUUAAACAACGUACCGAAACCAUAAGACAAUUCGCAAUUUUAGAUGAUUAAUCAUAUAACUGGAUCAAGGGAUAGGUUACUGUACUUUGGUCAGAAUUUGAUCGAGGGAUAUUAUACUUUGACGAAUUCCUGAUCAGAUCAUUGGACCAACGGAUAUAGUACUCUACUUUGAACAGAUUUUGAUCAGAUAGACCGAUAAAGGGAAAUGAUACUGUACGCUGAUCAGUUCCUAAUCAGGUAACCAGAUCAUGGGAUGGAGUGCUGUACUCUGAUCAGGAAGGGAUCAGAUGACUGUAUUAUGGAAAAUCUGAUCUGGAUUUGAUCAUAAUCCGGCUUCUCUGAACUUAUUUCCAGUCGCUUUUAGUAAUGGAGAAAUACAAACAAAUUGGAACAAAAUGCUAAAGAUAGCCAAGUUUGAUCACCAAAAUAAUUGUGUUCGAAUGACCCUAAAUGAUAUGAAUUAUAAAAAUGAGUUUAAGAAACAAUAAAAAAAUAUGAAAAAAGCUUUUUUAGAAGACUUAUUAAAUUCCCUGUUAUGUGGGCUAUUUUGGUACUGUUACCGAUUCUGGCUCUUUUAUUGCAAGAAGAAAAAAUGUUUCGCAAUGUCUCUAUUUAUGUUGAAUUUACCGUACUGACCAUUGAUAACGAUGUGUGAUUUUUGUAUUCGUAAGAUUUACUUACUUGGUAAACAUCAUGACUAACGUCGUGAGUUUCCGUAUUUUUGUUAUUAUUCCUGUUUAAAUUUGAAGGCUGUCUGCGCGAAUUUCAUUCUUUAUUUUGUUGCUCGAUUUAAGAAAAAUUUAAUUCAUUUCCAAAUACUUUAUAACUGUUAGUUGUACCUUUAUAGUGGUGAAUGAUUGAUAAUUCCUUUGAAAAAGGGCCUUAAAAGUUUACCCCAUAUUUUACCAUUAGAAUUAAAAGAACAAAAUUGUUUAAUUGAAGGAAACUAUUAUAUGUUUGCUUGUUGUUUUUUUAACGUAAAUAAAAAUGUAUAAAUUUGCAGAUUUUGGUGAGGUUUUAUUAUUCUAGAAACGUUUCUUUUUUAUUCAAAAAAAGUGAUAAUUAAAUUGGUUUGUUAUUAGAUUUAUUGUUGGUAUUUAAUCUUUUAAGGUCCAUUUUAGAAACAACCUGCAUUUCAUUAAUUUGUCGAUUUUGCUUUUACUUAAACCGAAUCGUUUAAUUGGAUACAGUAUUUUUAGAAUCUAAUGUUUGCAUCCUGUAGAAAUAUCGUGCACAUUCGAAUAUGUAAAUACUUAUUGAUUAACUAAUGGAUUGUCUGUGACAACUACACUGUAACAAUUUAUAAAUUUAAAUGAAUAAUAAUAAUAAUAAUUUAAUAGAUACGCAUAGUGGAAGCCAUUUCCCGUGUAGGUUUAAACUAAUAGCGAGUUAAAAAAUGCAGUUAUUUAUGUAUGUAAUUUGAUGUAGUCUCGAUACCUGUGAACUUGCCGUAAAAAUAGAAUAAGUUUAGAUGACACUGUUACAUACAUACUCAAAGGGUUCCGUGUGAUAGAGGUGACUGUGAAUGUCAUGGUUUUCCCUAUUCCUUCAUUCGAGUGCGCUGCCAAGAAAAAGUCAAAAUUUAGUAAAUUAAAAUGCGAGAAUUUAAUUUAAUAAUUUAUAUAUAUCUAGGAAGAAAGAAGCUCUUUUUGUUUCGUAACAUACAUGCAUAGUGUUUCAGUUUUUGUACUUUACUUAUAAAAAAUAUGAAUCGAAAUAAAAUUUGAGUUUCUUAAGGCGGUACGUAAGCUUGUAGUGGGAGUAAAAAGUGACAGUAAAAUGAAUCUUGUACGCCUGCGCUGUGACUCUUAGUUGUGUGCGCUUGCUCUUUCUACUUCGCGCAUGUUCAUUUCUCAGUAAUCAGUUGUGCGCAGGUAUUUUUGUCGCAGAAAUGUGACAUUGGUAAAAUGCGCAUGUGCGAAUCUACCGACUGUUUUCAUUAGGUAUUAAAGCAAAGAAACACGACUAAACUAACAUCCAAAAUGCAUCUGACAUUUGUCCUUAUCUCUGACGCGUCAGUAUCUGCUCGUAAUAUUUUGUCUCACUCCCACUUAAUUUUCUUUUUUUUGCUACCUUUAGCGUUUCACUUUGAUUUAUGUCACAUAAUGUCCUUGUGAAGGAUUCGCCUCGGCCAGUAACAAAUAGGUACCACAUAUAAGGAAAGAAAUAAUAAUAAAAACUGAAAUACUAUGUCAACUAGCACAUAAAAUUGUUGAAAAAAUAUUUAUAGAUUACAGUCAGGUACCUAUCAAAGUCCGUCCAUUUUUAUUUAAGAUGCAUACUCAAUAAUUAUUUUUUUUUGAUAUUGGAAAGAAGAUGCUGAUAUAAUUUAGGAUUAACCGAGUAUAAGAACGAGUCUUAAAUUUUGACUUUUUAAUGUAAAUGCUUCGCAAAAAAAAGUAUGACAAAAGGUGAAAUGUAUGCGAAAUAUUAAGUGCGACUGACUGGCUUGCAUGAGUGCGACUUUUAAAAAAAAUUACUCGCUUUUAAUGGCCCUUGAGUUAUACUAAAAAUAAAAAUGCUUAAAUACUCAUUAUUUUCCGUAAAAAGUAACUUCUUGUGUAACUCGUUAUUUAUUUCGUUAACUAUAUUCAUAAAUAGGUAUGUGCUUGAUUUAUAUUCACUAAUUUUAGUUUUAGCGUUAAAUUAAUGCCUAUUUUCUUAAUCGUGCAAUACUGUUGUUAGGUGGUUGAUUUUUGGGGUGUUCAUAGUUUUGUUGAUAUUAAUAUGAUAUUGUUAAAUUACUAAGUCUUUGGAAUAUUUAUAGUUUGGCUGGAGAAAAGUGCAAUGAUCUGUCCCUUCUUUAACGAAAGGCAGCAGAGCUAAAGAAGAGUACAAGUAAAAAGA